CUCGUUAAUAUUUAGCGCCAGCCAGCCACAUCCUCUCUCUCUCUCUCUCUCUUUUUAUUUUGCUGCAUCCCCAUCUCUGUUCUCAAACGAGUUUUUUCCAAACAGUCGGAAAUGGCGGCUGCCACCACCUCCACCUCCACCGCCACCAAUUUUCCUAACUGUAAGCUUUAUUCUUCUUCUUUGUCAUCCAAAUCUCUCAUUUCCGGAUUCACUCUCCCCUUUUCCCACAUUCCCCACAAACCCAUUCGCACCCUCCACAUCUCCAACUCCCUCCCUCGCCCAAAAUCAACCGCCACAACAACGAACUCAGCUGCCCCAGCCGCCACAACUCCUCAAAUACCCAAACUGCCCUCCAAGCAGAAGCAUCAACAAGAAGAAGCAGGAAAACAACAGCCCUUUGUUUCCAGAUUUGCUCCUGACCAGCCUCGCAAGGGCGCCGACGUCCUCGUCGAGGCCCUCGAGCGCCAAGGGGUGAGGGACGUUUUCGCCUACCCCGGCGGCGCGUCGCUGGAGAUCCACCAGGCCCUCACGCGCUCCAGUUCAAUCCGCAACGUCCUCCCUCGCCACGAGCAAGGCGGCGUCUUCGCCGCCGAGGGCUACGCGCGCUCCUCUGGCCUCCCCGGCGUCUGCAUAGCCACCUCCGGCCCCGGCGCCACCAAUCUCGUGAGUGGCCUCGCCGACGCGCUCCUUGAUAGCGUCCCCAUUGUCGCGAUCACCGGCCAGGUCCCCCGCCGAAUGAUUGGCACAGACGCAUUUCAAGAAACCCCCAUUGUGGAGGUCACGCGCUCCAUCACCAAGCACAAUUACCUCGUGCUCGAUGUGGAGGACAUUCCUCGGAUUGUCGAAGAAGCUUUCUACUUGGCCACUUCGGGUCGACCCGGCCCGGUUCUUAUUGAUGUCCCGAAAGAUAUUCAGCAGCAGCUUGUGGUGCCGGAUUGGGACCAACCCAUUGGAUUGGCCGGCUAUAAUUCUCGGUUACCAAAGCCUCCGAGCCAAACCCAGUUGGAACAAAUCAUAAGGUUGAUCUCCGAGUCGAAAAAACCAGUCUUGUAUGCCGGUGGUGGGUGUUUGAAUUCGAGCCCCGAGUUAACCCGGUUUGUUGAGUUGACUGGGAUCCCAGUGGCGAGUACUUUGAUGGGUCUCGGCGCGUUUCCUUUAUCAGACGACUUGUCGCUUCAAAUGCUUGGAAUGCACGGUACGGUUUAUGCGAAUUACGCUGUUGAUCAGUCUGAUUUGUUGCUUGCAUUUGGGGUCAGGUUUGAUGACCGUGUUACUGGAAAGAUUGAGGCUUUUGCGAGUCGGGCAAAGAUUGUUCAUAUUGAUAUUGAUUCAGCUGAGAUUGGGAAGAAUAAGCAGCCUCAUGUUUCGGUGUGUGCCGAUGUGAAAUUUGCAUUGGAGGGGAUGAAUAACUUGUUAGAAGCGAAAUCUAACAAGGAUAAGAUUGAUUUCUCGGCUUGGAGGGAUGAGUUGAAGGCAGUAAAGGAGAAGAAUCCCUUGGGUUUCAAGACUUUUGGUGAGUUGAUUCCGCCACAGUAUGCCAUUCAAGUGCUCGACGAAUUGACUGAUGGAAAUGCCAUUAUAAGUACUGGUGUUGGGCAGCAUCAAAUGUGGGCUGCUCAGUUUUAUAAGUAUAAGAGGCCACGCCAGUGGUUGACUUCCGGGGGUUUAGGCGCGAUGGGGUUUGGAUUGCCUGCUGCUGUUGGAGCUGCUGUGGCGAAUCCUGAUGCAGUUGUUGUGGACAUUGAUGGUGAUGGGAGUUUUAUUAUGAAUGUGCAGGAGUUGGCAACGAUUCGGGUGGAUAAUCUUCCUGUGAAAAUCAUGUUGUUGAAUAAUCAGCAUUUGGGUAUGGUGGUGCAAUGGGAGGAUAGGUUUUAUAAGGCUAAUAGGGCUCAUACUUAUCUUGGUGACCCUUCUAGGGAGAGUGAGAUUUUCCCUAAUAUGUUGAAGUUUGCUGAGGCUUGUGAUAUACCUGCAGCUCGUGUGACAAGGAAGGAAGAUGUAAGAGGGGCAAUUCAGAAGAUGUUGGAUACUCCUGGCCCGUACUUGUUAGAUGUGAUUGUACCACAUCAAGAACAUGUGCUUCCUAUGAUUCCAAGUGGUGGGGCAUUCAAAGAUAUGAUCACCGAAGGUGAUGGAAGAACUGCUUACUGAUUUGGUGGGGGCAAAGGUCACUUGCAUUUUAUGCUUUUGUAUGUAUGUGUUGUUUUAGCUUAUGUAGCUCAGGCUUGUGAUAAAGUUUGUGGCGAGUUUGUUAGUUGUUUCUUUAAGUAAGAAACUAUGUUGGUGUUUUGCUAUGAGAAAGUUUAAUAUAUAGUUCUUGAAUUAUUUGUUCGUUUA